AGCUUGACGUUUCGCGCGAGCGCGCAGCAGUUUGUAAACAUUGGUCGGCGAUUUCUAACUCUGGUCGCGAAAAUUUGCUGUAAAACAAUUAAAUCGAUUUUAAUGCCCCACCAUGAAUUUAACUUGCGCGAUUUGUUCGGACCUGCUGAUGCCGUCGGACGACAUCCACAUGACGCCCUGCGGUCACGCGUUUCACUACGCUUGCUUGCUGCAGUGGCUUCAGAGGUCGAAAACGUGUCCCCAGUGCCGGAACAAGUGCCACGAGAAAAGUUUGAUCAAGGCGUACUUUAAUGUGGCUGUGAGCGACGACAGCACGGCCGAGGACAGCGCAACGCUGCUGCACAAGCUGGACAAUCUGACGCUGGCCGUUAGGGAAAAGGACAAAAAGAUAAAAGAGUACGAGGAUAAGGCGGAGACGGACAAGGGGGACCGGAAGAAGAUGAAAAAGAUUAUCAAGGGGUUGGAGGAGUUGGUUCAGAAGAAGGAUUUUACGUUGAUGGCUUACACGCAAGAGCUGGACAUGCUCCGGCUGGACCGGACUCACAUGCUGAAGCUGCAGAAAGAGCUGAAAGAGUUGAAGAGCAAGAUGGAUUUGAUGUCCACGGUGGAGCACGUGAUAACGGCCACGGCGCAGGAGGUUGAGGAGAUGAUAGCGAGCGAUAACGAUUUGCGCACGUUGGCCGUGCUGGUGGCCUCGCUGAAGCGUGAACUGAAGGUCAGCGAAGGUCGGUGCCACGAAAUGCGUGACCGGAUCAAGUACGUUCAGAAGGAUCUCUCCAACGAGAAGAAUAGGAGGAAAGACCUGGAGGAGAAGCUGUCGACGGCGGACAGCGAGCUGUACCGGUUGGAGCAGGAGGUGAAACGGCUGGAGAAGAAUGCGGCGGCAACGGGGGACGCUUCAAGCGAGUCGGACUCGGUUGUGCUGAACACUCCGGAUCAGCCGCCCAAGCGGAAGCGUGGCGUUGCCGAUUUGGACCAGAGCACGCCGAUGUCCGACAAAGUGCGCAACAUCAUGGCGUCCGACUCGCCCUACCUCAACAUCAAAGCGAGCAGCAUCGGGCUGGUACCGAUUAUGCGGGCCGGCCUCAGCUCAAGCGCCACGGCUGCCAAGUCAUCAAGCGCAGCUAGCAGCACGCUGACCAAAACUCAAAGUGACCUUAGCGACAGGUUCUCGAUCAUGCGCAAUCCGAGACUCGCGGCGAGGACGACCGCGUUGCCGCCAAACAAAAAUCUCGUGUUCAACGGAUUGGGAGGUUCGGAGAGGAAGGAAAAUUUUCCCGGAUUUCCGGCACGCAAGGAAACGCUGCCGGCAGCGGUGCCGGUUAAGCCGUCCACGUCUACGACGGUAAGUUUGAGCAAGCGGGUUAAAACGGGUAAACUUACGCGCCAUCCGUCGACGACCAAGUUUUCAACGGCCCAGCAGAUGAUGGACGAUUUCUUACUGCCCGAUGAUGAUGACUGAGCUUGUUUUAGGCAAAAUUGUACAUUUUUAAGUUUGGAAUGAUGAUGGAAUAAAUAGUUGACGCAACAUUUACACUUCUA